AUGAUAUCGACACCCGCGUUUGGUGCAGCAUCAUCAUCAUCUAGCAAUCAAGCGGCAUCGCACCACGCCGAAAGCAUGGAGGUGGACAUACAGCUUGUGCCGGGAGGCCUUCUGGCAGGCGUUAUGGGCAGUGGAAGUGGUAUUGCGUCUGGAAGUGCUGCCACAGGCAUUGAGUGCCCCCGGUCGCCCCGUGUUGAUGAGGCUAGCAGCAGCUGGUUGAACAAACCACCGAUGGAAAGGUUCAUCGAUAUCCUUGACCAGCUGGACACGAAGGUGGAGUCACUGCGCAAAGAGGCGAUGGUGUUGCGCGACAAGAAGGACUUUCUGGCAAUGUCAGUGGAUCUGCUGAAGAACAAUGAGUACCUUACCGGACUAAACGAUAAUGAGCGUGAUGAAAUUGAUUGUUACGUACAGCGGAUAAGUAGCCGACUAGGCACGGUUGAACUGAACGUGUGUACCGUGCGCGAUCAAGCACAGGAAGACUCGCUGCAUCACGUUAACAGUUUGAUCGAUGUGAUCAUCGCGAGCGCUGAUCCGGUUAUUUCGCGCCAAAAGUGCCAACAGUAUCUGAAUGCAUGCAGCACCACCGAUACGAGCGUGUACUCGGACGUCGAUCCCAACACGAUCUGUACGGACAAGAAGUUUGAGAGUGUUUUACUCGGUUGUACGCUCGACGAUCAGAAAACGAUCAAGAAGCGGCUGCAGGCACUGUUGGUCUACCUUACCCAGCAAACAAUCGUCCACUGA